CUCCUAACUUCACAGCCUGUCAAUCCUGAAUUAUUAACAUGACCGAGAACAUGAUUAAGAAUUGUUUAAUUAGUGAGAGGAGUAAGGGAGGAUGGGGUUUGUUGCUUUGUUGUUUCUCUAAUUAAAUUCAGUGGGGAGCUUGGAAAAAUUAAUGUUGGCCUGCCUUGCCCUCCCAAAGAGAUUUGCUGGUGUAGAGGUGUCCAAGAAUCUUCUCCCAAUUAAUACCCGUAGGAGGAGGAGGCUCAAAUUAUUUGCUAGCUGCACUGCUUAGAUUGCUCCGUCCACUCCACUCCGAUUAGUACGGAAGAUCAAAUGACUGAUGAUAUUGAUGGAUGCUUAUCUUAAUUCUCUACUUAUUGGGUUGUUUUGGUUCACCAAUGUCAUAGUAUUAUUGGUAUGAAGAAGCAAACCUUUCAAUGAGCCUCACACUAGACAAUCUCCACUUAUGCUGCUCUUUCUAUUUCAGGAAUGGGAAUGAAAAUUGAGUAUGCCAUCAAUAUUUUAGGAAGGUCACAAAAUAGCUGCAGCUUAACCGUGCAUCAGGUGGAUGACUGGGACUAUUUUCAGAAAACUGGGCUGAAGGAGAAGUAUCAGAAGGCUAGAGUUGAGGGGCACACUUCGGAACUCGAUGGACAGGACGCUGGACAAGCACAACAUGGAUACCAUAAAAAGUACGAUGCAGAUGCAUGAAGAUACGUUUAAACACCAGAUUCGAGAGCUACACCGUCUGUACAGUGUACAAAAGAUGCUAAUGGAUGAACUGAAGAAAAAGAUUAAACAAAAUAGACUUUGCGGCCCAAUAACCAGUAGUGCAGAUCACAUUAACCAAUCUCAGUGGAUUAACUGGCAGCAUUCAAUAACUCAAACUUCUUCUGGAUAUAAUUUCCAUUUUCAGAGAUUGAGGGAUGAUCCGAACUCUAGAGAGCGUAGUGGAAGUUGCUCGGGAGACACUCUGAGAAUGUCAAGGGGAUUUGACCUUGAAAGGCCUGCCGAGGAAGACAUCUCAACCAGAUUCAGUACAAUUGACCAAGAACAAGCAGGGCCAAGCUCUCACAUGUCCCUCAAAAGUAAGAGUGUAACUGGCUGUGAUGAAGAUAGUGAAGUGGAGCUUUCAUUAAGCAUCGGAAGUAGCAAGAACAGGAAGAGAUCGAAAUCUUACCAGCCUCAGUCGGGAUGUUCAGAACUGAUCCAUAAAGCAAAAGAACUCGAUUCGCCUGCCUCAUUCAAAUCAGAUAGAGGAGGAGAUAGCAGUGAUCCCACAACUCCCAUGAGCAGCUCUAGUGCGACAUGUGACCAAGAAAGAAAGCAGCCACAUUGGCUUUUCCAUGGUUUAAAGCUCAAGUAGGACUAAUAGUUCAACUUUCGUGCGUGUUUCUUCAAAAAUCUUCACUCUGUUCAUUAUUGAAAUUCUAAUUAAGUUGUCACUUUAAUAAAUAGACAAUCGAGAUACUGUUCUCAUCACGCAUUACAUUGGUGUAUAUAGGAAAUUUUCAAACGUUGGUUGCUCCAUAUUUGAGUGCACUGGUUCAUUAUCUUCUUAGGCAAUUGAUUGAAAUUUAAAAAGUACGUGAUGAUUAUGACUAA